CCCGUUCCUGAUGCUGUCCUUAUAAGUGGUUACGGUCAAUAUCCAUGUAGCGCUGCAACUUCCCAGGGUAAAUCAUGCACCUCAGUGACUCCUGCAACCUAUGUAGUCCAAAGCGGGAAAAGAUACCGUUUCCGUGUAAUUAAUACAAGUGCGGACA